AUGCCAAACGCGCAGUUGGUUGCAACACCAGCUAUGAUUCCCACGCGCCACCUCCGCGUUGCGUUACUGUCGAGUAGUAGGACAAGAACUAUGACGCCUAGGAGGUAA